AUGGCGGAAGUGGACGCUGAUGUGGAGCGGUGCACAGGGCUGGAGGAACUCCUGGGCAUCGAGCCUGCAUUCAGUGAGUUCCAGGAGACCCUCUUCAGCCAAGCCUCAGCGGGCCUGGAGCAUGGUGUCCAGUCCAAGGAGGUCAACGAGAAACUGGAUGCAGGCAUCUCACUGUUUCUCACACGGCUGUCCCCAUACUUCCUGCUCAAGCCUGCCCAGAAGUGCAGAGAGUGGCUUGUACACAGGUGUCUGGAGACGUCCACCGUGGAGCAAGGCGACCUAGAGUACACCAAGCAGCUCAUCCUCAGCGGUCUUCUCAACGUCUGCCAGAAGCUCUCCCCCGACAGAGGACCCGUCAGCAAAGAUGUUCUGGAUGAGUUCAACGUGGAGCUUGUGGUGCAGUGUGUGAGGGUGUCCGACAUGCCCCAGACCCACCAUCAUGCCCUGCUCCUUCUGGCAUCUUCCCUGAGAAAGUCCUGCACAAUAUUAAGCCCAUCUACACGUUCAUGGGUGCCAACAUCAUGCGUCUGGACGACACCUACAGCUUUCAGGUCAUCAACAAGAGUCCUGACGGUCAUCCCUGCCCUCAUCAAGGCCAAUGAGAGUGGCGACGGCGAGUCAACCACUCACAUGGAGGCAGUGGUAACGCGCCUCGUGCAUGUGUUCACCGACGCACUGCCCCAUGUGCCCGAGCACCGCUGCCUGCCCAUCCUGUCCCAGCUGGUGACCACCUUGGGGCCCGCCUGCUUCCUCUGGGUCCUACUGCUGCUCCCGUUCAAGCAGCACUCCACAGACGAGGAUGCUAGGUUGGAGAGGGAUGUGGAGUUCUGGAUCUAAGUGUGCUGUGAGUUUGAGGUGGAGGAUCAGUUCACCUCUCUCAUCAAGAUCCUGAAGUAUGGAGCUGCCCCGCAACAUAGAGGACGGACCUGUGAAGAGGUCAACGCGUUUCAGGGCAGCCAAGAAGAAGGUAGGGGAGACUGCAGAGGAGCUGAUCUUCAACAUGGAGGCUCAAGGCAGCAAGGAGCUGCGCCACUUCAAGUUCCUCUCCGUCUCCUUCAUGGCCCAACUCUUGGCCUCCGGCAGCUUUGUGGGAAUGGUGGCUGAGUGCGGCGACAUCGUGGAGGAUUCUCUGCAGAAACUACAGCAAAGUCUUCUGGAGGAGAGCCAUUCUACAGCCACAUUGUGGCUCCCUGUGUGGAGGAGAACACUGACAAACCAACUGCCAAGUUCUGUAGAGCCCUGCUCAAUAAGGCUUACAAUGUCCUGGACAAAGUGACAGUGCUUCUGGACCUGACCGGUGACCUGCUGGCCAUCGUUGGCCAGGGAUCACGGCAAGGUCAUGGAGGAGGAAGAGGAGGAGCAGGCCAUCAACAGGCAGACGGCCCUUUACAGCUUCAAGCUGCUGUGCCGCAGUUUUGGCUCGGACCAUCAGGAGGCGUUUGUACCGGUGCUGAACCGGGCCGUGGAGAUAAUUGUGUCACCGGAGGAGGAGAAGAACGUGAUUGGCAGUGGCCUGCUGUGUAUGGCUGAGGUGGCCAGCACUCUGAAGGCCCUCGCCAUCCCACAACUACCCAGGUGGCUCGACUGACGCGGGUGGCAGAGAAUGCCACCACCACCCCACAGCUGGCCGUGUGACUGGCCUCCCUCAGGACCACUGUGGCCACCAAGGUUUCCCCCCAGGGUCCUGCUGCCGAACCUCACCAAGUGCUACAGCAAGAUGGUGGACUCCAAACAGGCAUGUGGUGCCUAACUUGCAGUAGCCUGUGUGAUAUGUAAGAAUGGAGUAAAUAAAUAAUGGCUAACAUGUUCACACUGUGUGGUCAUGUAUUGAAUUGGUGCAAUUAUGAGUGUGCCUCCUCCAGCUUGGUCCCCUGAUGGGCAUCUUGAAAGAGAACAUUGGUCACAUGGAGAAGGAUCAGCCGACCUCCCACCAAUCAGAGCUCACCUCCUUCUUCCUGAUUUAUUUGCACUUCCGGGCCCAACACUGCUAGGUCUGUCUCUCUGUCCCAUGAAUUGUCCCAUGAAUUGAUGACCGUUUGUCCGAAAGACACUCGCUUUGUUUUUGACUGCUGUGUUUGUUUUGCAGGGUAGAAGACUAAGGAGAUUGAGGGCUAUGUGAUUGACUGUCUCUUGGCCUUGGUCAUGAAGCUGUCUGUCUCCUGGCAUUGGUCCUCUGUAGCUCAAUUGGUAGAGCAAGGGUAGUGGGUUCGAUCCCCGGGACCACCCAUACGUAAAAAUGUAUGCACAAAUGACUAUCUUUGAUUGGGGCAAGACGGAGAGCGCACCCAAGGACCGCCUGCUGACCUUCUACUGCCUGUCGGACAGCAUCGCAUUGCAUUUUGUCUGUUACAGAGAGUAUUGGAGAUGGAUGCCCAUGUAAUUCGCCAUUAAUUUAUUUAUGUGGAUGAGGUU